AUGGCAACCCAAGAAGAACCCAUCACCUCUCCUGCCCACCUCGACGGCGUCGCCUACCUCUACGGCCAUCCCCUCCUCAACUCCCUCUCCCCUCCCCUCCACCAAACAGUCUACAAUGCCCUCGGUCUCAACUGGACCCAAAUCCCCCUCUCCAGCGUGACUGGCACCUCCGCAACCUAUCCGCCGCCCUACACGAAGUCCCCGCCAAUUCCCACGUUCCUGUCAUCGAUCCGCGCAAACCCCAAGUUCGUGGGGAGCUCUGUCACUAUGCCUUGGAAAGUGAACAUCAUGAUGCAUUUGGAUGAUCUUACCGAGGAUGCGCGACAGGCGGGCGCUUGCAAUACGAUUUUCCUAAGGAAGGAGGGUGACGGGAGGACCUCGUAUGUCGGAACGAAUACGGAUUGUAUUGGGAUUCGCGAGGCCUUGGUGCAAAAUAAGCUUCCUACGACGGAUGGGGAUGAUUUGUUUGGGGGUAAGCCGGCGUUGAUUAUUGGUGGUGGUGGUACUGCGCGCACGGCGGUGUAUGUGCUGCGCAAGUGGUUGGGUGCUAGCAAGAUCUAUAUCGUCAAUCGGGAUCGCGCGGAGGUCGAGGCCAUCCUGAAGGAGGAUGGUCAGAGGAAUUCGAACCCUGUGGCGCCGUUGAUUCAUGUAUCUGAGCCUGCUGUCGCGGCGGGUCUGGAGAAGCCGGCGGCGAUUGUGUCGGGGAUUCCGAACUACCCGCCUAAGACGCCGGAGGAGAUUAAGUCGAGGGAGGUUAUUCAAGCUUUCUUUGAGGGGCAUUCACCACGGUCUGUUGAUGGCUACAAAGGUGUGAUUUUGGAGAUGUGUUACCACCCCGUUCCGUGGACGGAGAUCGCGCAGUUGGCGUCUGAUGCGGGAUGGAAGGUUAUUCUGGGAUCAGAGGCAUUGAUUUGGCAGGGUCUGGAGCAGGCUCGUUUGUGGACAGGACAAAAUAUCGCUGCGAAGCCGGAGAUUGUGCAGCAGGUGAAGGAUGUGAUUGCUAAGUCGAUUGCUUCGAGGGCGCCGUCCAAGUCGAAUCUGUGA